AUGGAGUCCUCACCGUCGUUUUCGCAUGAUAACUUUAACAACUCCGCCGCACCGUCCACCAAUUUAGGGAGUUUUUCAACCUUCUACGGCGAAGACAACCUCCAUGAAUACCAUCCUCCUCCAGAAUUUCUUCCUCCACCUCGAUUUUGUACAGUUCAACGACUUCGUUCUCCAAGAUUUCUUCCUCCACCUCGAUUUUCUACAGUUCAAGGAUUUCGAUCUCAACGAUUUCCGCCUCCACCUGCAACGCCUAGAUUUGCUACUGAUAAUCGAUAUUUUCCUCCUCCUACAUUUGCUGCUCCUUCUAGAUUUGGGGCUCCUUCUAGAUUUGCUGCUCCUGAUGGAUUUAAUUCCACUGUUAACUUUCAAUCACCUGCUCCUCCUAGAUUUGAAGCUCCGGAACCAAUGAAUUUGUUACUUGAAUAUCAAACAGGAAAUACUGCAACAACAGAAACAACGUCAGACACAACUUCUGGAAAAACAUCAGAAACGAUGUCAGACACAACGUCUGGAAGCAACACAUCAAGUUUAAAAACUAAAUUUGAUAACUUAACAGAGGAUGAAAUAAGAGGAUCAUUGACUGGAUAUGAAGCACAAACCCUUGAUGAAAUAUUUUCUCUUUAUCAAAGACAUUCAGUGUUGAUCGGAUUUUCAGUGAGGAAAGCUACAACAAGGAGAGUUCCAAAAACUGGAGAGCUCAAGGAACAAUACUUGUGUUGUUCAAAGCAAGGAAAAAGAAGAGAAGAAAAAUCAAAGAACAACGAGGAAUUACCUUUACCAUGUGAAAGCAAACCAAAAAAAGAGUCAAAACAAACAAGAAAACAAGAUAUUACUAGAACGGGAUGCAAUGCGCAGAUAAGAGUGAAGUUGAACUGUAGUGGAAUGUUUGAAAUUAAGCAUCAUGUUAUUGAACACAAUCAUGAUUUAGCAAGAUUGUCACUGCAACACUUUCAUAGGUCAGAAAGAAAAAUUGAUGAAGAUAAGGCACAAGUAAUUGAAGGGCUUGCUUUAUCAGGAAUACAACCAGCAGAUUCAUACAGAUAUAUGUGUAAUGAAUCCGGUGACCCGGAAGUGCUUGGCCACACAUUAAUUGACCACAUGAAUUUUUCAAGUAGAUUGAAGAUGAAAACAAUAGAAGGAAAAGAUUCACAAGCAGUGGUGAAUAUGUUAAUUCGCAGAGGAGAAGAAGAACCGGAUUUUUUUUAUCGUGUUAAGUUGAAUGAGAAAAAUCAAGUUAUAGGCAUAUAUUGGAGAGAUGGAAUGAUGAAAGAAGAUUAUGAUAUAUAUGGAGACGUGUGUGUGUUUGACACGACCUUCAGAACAAACAAAUACAACUUAGUUUGUGCACCGUUUGUAGGCGUCAACAACCACUGGAGUAAUGUGAUGUUUGGAUGUGCCUUUAUUGCUGAUGAAAAAACAGACACUUUUGUGUGGCUAUUGGAAGUAUUUCUAGAGUCUAUGGGAGAAAAAGCACCAGUAACUAUCUUCACUGAUCAAGAUCAGACAAUGGCAAAUGCUAUUGAACAAGUAUUUCCUCAUACUAGACAUAGAUUAUGCUUAUGGCACCUACAAAAAAAUGCUGUGUCAAGGUUUGGAGAUUUAAAGGCUGACACGACAUUCAAGGACACUUUUAAAAAGUGUUUAUAUGGCUGCUUCAAUGAAGAACAAUUUGAAACAACAUGGUUUGAAAUGAUUCAAACGUAUGGGCUUCAAAAUCAUGAAUGGUUUACAAAUUUGUACACCAUAAAGGAAAAGUGGUGUACAGCUUUAAACAAAGAUUUUUUUUCAGCUGGUAUUUUGUCUUCACAAAGGAGUGAGAGCACAAACAAUGCCAUUGGAUUUAAAGGGAACAAAUCAACUACCCUAACAGAAUUCUUCCAUAUAUUUGGGGCAACAGUAGAUCGGUGGAGGUAUCAAGAAGAUCAGAAUGAGUUUAAUUGCGGAAAUUCAAUGCCUAAAUCAGAUUUUCCAAUGGUUGGAAUGAUUAAACACGCGGCAAGUGUUUAUACGCUCACCUUGUUUCGAGAUUUUAAAAAAGAAUUCAAGUAUGCAAUGGGUUGCAUAUCAACUAUUCAUCACAUGGAGGACAAUUUCAUUGGUUAUAAAGUACAACACGAAUCAUGGCCAGACCACACUGCAAAACAUGUAGCAUUUGAUCCAUCAACCAAUUCAAUUGCUUGCAAUUGUAGAAAUUUUGAAGAAUCAGGAUGGCUAUGUUUUCAUGCAAUUCGAGUUCUACAUGUACAUUCUAUAAUCAAUAUCCCAGAUAAAUAUAUUUGCAAAAGAUGGACAAAGUUUGCAAAAAGUGAAGUAUGGAAGAGAGUGGAACAAAGAGAAGAUAAUGGUAUUGAAAAAAGAAAAAUCACUCCAUGGCGUUACGAGAUGGCAAGAAAUUUUUACAAUUUGGUUCUUAAAUGUCAGGACAGUGACGAGGCAAAAAAGGUUCUGAGAGCUGCUUAUGCAAGUGCUAGUGACAACAUAAAUAAAGUGCUAGAAGCAGAAAAGGCAGCACAAAAAGAGGCAGCUCAAAAAGAAGCAGAGGAUGUGGCACCUACUUCAUCAUCAUCAAAUGCACUUCUAGAAUAUCCUGGUCAAUUUCCACAAAUAACAGUUCAGAAUCCACCACAAAUAAAGACAAAAGGAAGAAGUAAAAGAAAAAAGGGACACUUUGAGGUCAGAGAAUCAUCAACAACAGCUAAAGAAUUCGGAACAUUUCCAACAAAACCACAACUAUUUUAA